AUGCUUUUUUCAUUUGCAGGUCAGUGGGAUGUCACUCAUGCCACCUCUCGUACUGCUCCUUCACGCUGGGUUCAGAAGAUUUCACACGAGCAUGGCCUACAAUUUUUGCAACAUUUUAACAUUCACUACAAGGACACUGGCCUGUUUGGAGUAUACUAUGUAAGUGAUGGAGACGAUCUCGCCAAUUCACAGGGAAUAAUGAGAAGCAUCCAGCAUGAAUGGAAGCACCUUGCGGCAGCUAUCUCUGAUGAAGAGACAACACUCGCACGCAAUCAACUCCGAACUGAACUUUACCAAAACCUUGAAACGAAUACCCAAAAAGCAGAGUACAAUGCAAAGGAGCUGCUCUACACUGGACAUGUACGAUCUCUAGCUCAGUUGGAAGAAGAAAUCUCAAAUAUUGACCAUAAUGUUUUGCGAGCAACCGUCUUCAAGCAUGUAUAUGAUAGAGAUACGGCGAAUGCUGGCGUUGGUCGUACCGAAGCCUUUGUGAGUUAUGCACAUACCCGUGCGGCCAUGUCAUGGUGGAGGUUGUAA